AUGCCUCGUGAAACGGCGUUCGGGCAAGUCGCGCAUAUGCCGAGCCGCACCAUUACAGUGUAUACUGUAUCUCACGUCAUGUUUCUCGAGCCCCUUUCCGAAACAUCCAAAGGCGGAUGUCUCAAUCUCACCAUGUUCUUCUCUUCGCUUGUUGCAGAGAACGCGAAUAGGCGAGAUCGCCUAGUAUUUCAAACUCCAGCGCCAAUACCAGCUCACUCAAGCGAGGAGCACGAAUUGAAGCGAUUCCCUUCUUGGAUGGCUAGUAAAGAGGAUCCAUUCGGAACCACUAUCACACCUACGCUCAGGCAACCUUGUUCCAGAUCAGGGUCUACGUCCAGUACAGAUUCGACGAACCCUGUGUAUGAAGGGGGAGAAGAAGUUAAUGGAGUUACCUCCAACGAAUCAGCAAGUAACAAGAAGAAUCACCAGCGACCUCGAAUCGCGAAACGCACAUACACCGUGGACAGUAUUGCAAGUAUUGAUUCAUGCUCAUACUCUAAGAAAGUACCGCCGAAGUCCGCUCCGAAUCUCGCAGUUCCUGCAGUUCCCAUUCCUACGGUCUUUUUUCCUGGUUGUGCCUUGAUGCCGAUGUUUAAAGGUAUCCGAAACGGGAUUCCGCUUAGCCGACGCUCGCAGCCAUUUCAUAAAAAUGACGUGCCAAUAGCUAUGUCGGUUGGUCUUAUGGGUAAUAGUACAGUGGAGGUGAAGAACGAGACACGCAUUCCGUUGGUGCGUCGAUUGUCGAGGAAGUUCAGUGGGAUUUCUAGAGUUGAAGUUCCGCAUAGUCCAUUCGAUCCAUUCGGGACUGUGAAGGAGGCACCUCUGGAGCGAGCGGUAAGGGAGGAGGAAGCGAAGCUUGCCACCGUGUACGGGAAUUCAAACGAAAAUGAUGUGAAUGCGGUAGGAGAGGAGACAAUAGUGACCGAGGAAUCGUUGAAUACAGGAAACGAAACGGAUAACGAAGCCUCGCCACGAGACUCUCAACAAGGAGACCUCUUCAGUGAGUCUGAAGAACUAGGCGAACUUCCUAUCGAGUUUCAAAUCGGGCCGAAUCCGUACGUAAAUCGGAAUUCGUCCAGCGCUGUACAUUCCUCGUCUAGAGACAAUGUCGCUGGAUUCGGCGUGAUCGUACCAAACCCUGCGUCUCGCUCAAACUCUGCUUACCAGAAGAGGCCGCGCUCGGCUAUGCUGCUGCGUUCCUUGCACCAUAGCUUCGUUGGAUCUGGACACCCACUCUCCGUGUCUGCCAAAGAAAAGGUGGAAAGGAUGAUGUAUGUGGGAGAUGACGGUGUCCGACCUAAUACUUCAAGUUCGCCAGACUUGACUUCUCAUCAGUCUAUAUGUUCCGGCGAGGAUAUUGUGGAUGACGGGAGUGCGGAGGGUCAUGUAGCCGCUGAGUCGCAAACUAAUGCAUCUUCACAAGUACUGCCAAUCGAAACAGGACACUCGGCCGCAAGCGCCGAGAAUGAUUCGUCUAUUGGGACUUCCGCUUCGACUCUGGCUACUCAAGGAUUUGGGCAGAAGGAUCAAAAGGAUCAGGGCAAGCUACAUCGACGCGUAAGCACUCGUCUGCGACAGGCGGUGAUGACCAGAUUCCACAAAUUCGCGCAUCCGAAGCGCAACUAAGGACCAAGCACGUACCUUUUUCACUUCC